CGAGGGGGAGGAAGCUUUGGUGGUAAAUCCAGCAUAGGUAAGAAAUCCUCCUCCACCUCCAACCGCAGAGGCACCAACACCCAGCGCAGACCCAACCAAGGGACCAACAACCAGCCAGGGAACAACCCCCGCCAGCCCCAGAGUCCUCAGAACCCUCAAGGAGGGUACCCCCAGCAACCAGGGGGCUACCCUCAACAGCCAGGCAGGGCAGGAUACCCUAACCAUGGUGGGUACCCUGCUGGAGGAUAUCCAAACCAGUAUGGUGGAGGCUAUGGAGGGGGAUAUGGUGGAGGCUAUGGUGGCGGUUACGGAGGGGGCUACAUGAACCAAAACCCCAACAACUGGAUCCUUAGCCCCGGCUACGGGGGGUAUGGUGGUGCAGGUGGCUCCCCGUUCUCCCGCUCGGUGCAGGGGAUGGGGAUGGGCCCCUCGCUGCAGUCCAGGGGGUUUGGGCGUAACGCAGCGAUGGCGGCCGGGACUGGGGUCGUGGCUGUGAUGGCUCUGGGCUAUGGACUGGGCCGGUUCCCCCGGCCUCACUUCGGCUUCCACAACCCCCAGGAGGAGUACUACUAUAACCACUACAUGUACAGGAGGUACGGCACCAAAUCCACUGAUGAUAAUGACUACAGCAGGGACUACUGCUUCAGCCCGCCUCCACAGUCCUACGAUAACUUCAUGGAGACCUGUAUGAAGAGGACUGACCUGCUGAGAGGUGGGGAGAAGGGUAGAUCAGAGAAAGGAGUUGGGGAGAAUGCACCCCCACACGGAGCUCCAGAAAGCCCCAGCACUCAGGGAAUUGAACCCAGUGGAGGAGGAACUGCAGGCGGGGAGAAGAUUGCAGAGCCAGCCCCUGUCCCUGGAGGUUCCACCAAUACCACAGACCCCGGCUCCACCCCAGCACCAGGCAGUGGCCCCAAUAAGAGCUCCGCCACAGGCAGUCCCAGUGAGAGUAACGUCACAGCUGAGAGUAACGGUACAGCUGCAUCCGAGAAUCCUGUGACACCUGAACCCUAACCCUCAAACCCCCCCUGCUGCAGACAAGCCCCUCCCCCCGACCGUAGCUGUGCCUGACGAUGAUGAUGAUGAUGAUGAUGAAGAUACAGUGAGCAUCUCUGAGAUUGGCUAUCCAGAGCUGAUAGAGCAGAUGAAGGCUCGGAGGUGUGUGGAGCUCUAUAUGGUGUACGCAGAAUGCUACCUGGAGAAAAAGAAGCAGAAGAACAAGAAGAACCCGCCCCGGGCAAGACCCAGAGGAGGAGUGGAGAGAUUGGGAGGAGGAUACCAGGGACUGAUGACUGUACUCACCUCUACUGCACUACCUCUACUGAACAGCAACCUGCUACUACUGCACUGAGACAGAGAGAGAAAGAAACAGAGAGAGAGCAGACGGAGAGACAGAUAGAGGGAGAGAAGGAGAAAGGACACUGUUUGCUGUCACACCCUGUGAGUCAGAGUCAGGAUUGGGGCUGAUGGAGGGAUGCAAGGAUAGAGGGAUGCUGGGACAGUGUAUCUUCUCCUCUCAUCCUCCUUUGAACAACAGCUCAGGACUCUCCAUCAUAAGUGGACUUUUAUUAUUGAUAAAUUGAGUGGAUUUUUUUUACAUCACAUUAGCUGGCUCUAUGGGCAGAGAAUGAGACAUGUUUCUAUCCAUUUGACAAACAUUGCUAUCUUGAUUUCACUUUUGUAUGGAAGUGCUAAAAGUUUGGUCAUAUGCUCUGAUGAGGUCAGAAGACUGAAAUGUUACAACAAAACAGGUGGGGAAACAGUUGAAAGUAAGCAGUGGGAGCUUCUUUUAUAAUUUUCUUUAGGACCUGACACAUUUGCCAGAGACUCUUGUCAGAUGUGUGCUUGCAUCCCUUGUCAUUCACCCACUGAUAUCCUAUUAAAUGGAUGGCUCUCAGGUUAUCUGAACCAAUCCUCCUGUAUCGGGGCUUGGUGUCAUCUUUAUCUCUUAUGUGUCUCUAACGUUGUGGUUAUUUCUUUUCACACUAUUCAGUGGAUUUAUUUAUUUGAUUUUGUUUUGGUAUUAUACUGUAUGUCAAGUUAGCUGCAUGUGCUCAAAAACACUUGCGAAAACCUGAUUUCUUUCUCUGCUCUGACUCCGAGGGCCCUCCUUCCACUUGAUAGUGACUUGCUUCCCUCUCUGGGGUGGUGACUGUAGAUUGUACUAUAAGUGCUCUUAUUGUCUAGGCCCAACCAGGCUUUGAACCAGGCCACUGUAGCAGCAGCCCUACAAGCCAAAGGAUAUGGAUUCAGACAAACACUGUCCACUUUAAAGUCAGGGUCUUAG